CCACCUUAUCCAUAUCAACAACCACCACAACAGCCACAACAACCACCAUAUCAACAAGGAGGUUAUUAUCCACCACCACCAAGUGGUCCAACACAAACAGGAUCAACUCCGCCACAACAACCACCAUACCAACAAGGAGGUUAUUACCCACCACCACCAACAAGUGGCCCAACACAAACAGGAUCAACUCCGCCACAACAACCACAACAACAGCUCCAACAAUCACCACAUCAACAAGGAGGCUAUUAUCCACCACCACCACCAAGUGGUUCAAUACAAGCAGGAUCAACUCAACCACAACAACAGCAACAACAACAACAACAACAAUCACAACCACCACACCAACAAGGGGGUUAUUAUCCACCACCACCAACAAGUGGCUCAACACAAACAGGAUCAACUCCGCCACAACCACAUCAACAAGGAGGUUAUUAUCCACAAAGUGCUUCUCCACCUCUUCCACAACAGCAACAACAAGGAGGAUAUUACCCACCACCUCAACAUGGUUAUUAUCCUCCUCCUCCUCCUCAAGGAGGUUAUUAUCCACCUCCAUAUGGCUAUGAUCCAUAUGGUCCUCCUCAAGGAGGUUAUUAUCCACCUCCGCCACCAUAUGGCUAUGGUUAUUAUCCCCCUCCACCACCAUAUGGUUAUUAUCCUCCCCCAUCUCAACAACAAACACCACAACAACCACCACAACCACAACAGUUAGAUUCCUAUGGUGUACCACUCCAAAAUUCUCAACAACAAAUCCCAUAUCCUCCACAACAACAACCACCACAAUAUGAACAACAACCACAACAACCACCACAACAACCACAACAACCACAACAACAACCACAACAACCUCAACAACAACCACAACUACCACAACAACCACAACAACCUCAACAACAACCACUACAACAACCACAACAACCUCAACAACAACCACUACAACCUCAACAACAACCUCAACAACAACCUCAACAACAACCUCAACAACAACUACAACAACAACCACCACCACUACAACAACAACAACAACAACAACAACAACAACAACAACAACAACCACAACCACAACAACAACAACCACAACUACAACAACAGCCACAAGAGAAUUUAGGUGAAUGGAGAAAAAGUAUUUCAGAGUUUGUUAGUCCUGAAAGAGUAAUUUUAGAGGACAGUUCAAAGGAUAAUAAUAAUAAUAAUAAUAAUAAUAAUAAUAAUAAUAAUAAUAAUAAUAAUAAUAAUAAUAAUAAUAAUAAUAAUAAUAAUAAUAAUAAUAAUAACAUGGAUUUAAAUAAUAACAAUAGAGACUCAAGGGGUAGAGACGAUUGGGAUAAUAGGUUUUCUUCAAGAGAUUCACACCAUAGGGAUAGAGACAAUAGAGAUAAUAGAGAUUCUUAUUCAAGUAGGGAUAGAGAAAGAGAUAGAGAUUUUUACUUAAGUAAGGAUAGGGAUAGGGAUAGGGAUAGAGACAGGGAUAGGGAUAGGGAUAGAGAUAGAGAUAGGGAUAGAGAUUAUAGAGGAAGUUAUAGAGAUAAUAGAGAGAAAAGCGGUGGUAGUUUGGGUUCAUCAAGUAAUAGUGUCCCACAGAGUUUAUCACAAUCAUCAUCGUCAAUACCUCAAGCAUCAUCGUCUUCUAAUAUCACCACUCCCUCCACAACCACCACCACUACAAACACAAACACAAACUCAAACUUUUUAUCAUCACCAUCAUCAUCAUCAUUAUCAUCAUCAUCAUUACCAGCAGCAUCAUUAUCCUCUGGUUCAUUGAGUGCUGGUAUUGGGUUUUCAAAAAGAGUUAAAGAUGAAGAUGUUGUCGAUAUUAGUGAUGGUAAUAAAAAAUUAACCGUUCCAGUAAGAAGAGGUGUUACUGUUAAAUUAUCAUCUAAUCAAUUCCCAUUAAAUAUUGAUAAAUCAGUUAAAAUUUAUUUAUAUUGUGUUAUUUUUACUCCACAAAUUUAUAAUAGAGUUAGAAAAUAUGAUUUAGUAUCAGGAUUACAAGGUGCAAUUGGACCAAAUAUUUAUGAUGGAACAUCAUCAUUGUAUUGUUUAAAAGAGAUGACAGAGGAUCAAAUAUUUCAAUUUGAUAGUGUAAAUAUUAGAUUGAGUUUUAUUAAGGUAUUGGAUCCACCAUCUACCAUUCAAUUUUAUAAUGUUUUCAUGAAGAAGAUUAUGAAGUUAUUAGGAUUUUCAAUUGUUGGUAGACAAUAUUUUAAUUCACGUCUAUCAGAAAAGAUUGAAAGUAGUAAUUUAAAUGUUUGGCCAGGUUUCUUUACAUCGAUUGGUAAGAUUAGCGCAGGUACAUCAUUAUUGGCAGAUAUGUCAAGAAAAGUCAUUAGAAAGGAAUCGGUUCUAUCCUUAAUUCAAUCACUAAGUAGAAGAGGUAGUCGAGCAGAUAUUGAAAGAGAAUUGGUUGGUUCAAUCAUCAUUACAUUGUAUAAUAAUAAAACCUAUAGAAUCAAUUCUAUCGAAUGGAAUAAAUCACCAAGAUCCAAUUUCAGGACCGAUGCUAAUGGUGAAAUCACCUUUGAAAAUUACUAUCGUAUAACUUAUGAUCGUUCAGUAACAGAUUAUGAACAGCCAUUACUCAUAUCACGUUGUAAAGGUAGAAAAGAGGAUGUAUACUUAAUACCAGAGUUUUGUAAUCUCACUGGUAUCUCUAAUGAAGAUAGAAAAAAUGGUCAAAAGAUGAAAGAGAUUAAUGAACGUACCGUCGUUGAACCAAGAAAGAGAUUCUAUGGAUUGAAAGAAUUUAUUAAAUCCAUUAAUUCAACCACUGAAAUUAGGGAGGAGGCUUCUCGUUGGGGUAUUUCUUUUCAAAAUUCAUUGGAGGUCAAUGGUAAUCAGUUCCCAACACCUCAUAAGGAGAAUUUUUACUUGGAAAAAAUUAAAUCAAAUUGGGGCAUUAUUGCAGCAGAGAGUUUGCAAAAGGAGUUGGGUACCUUUGAAAAGGAGAUGAAAAACUAUUGCUUGGAACGUCCAUUCGUCCAACUUGUAAAGAAUAAUCCACGUGAAUUCUCUAGUGAAAUUAGAGCAAUGGUAGAUAGUAAGAAAAUAGAUUUCGUUGUUUGCAUCAUUCCAGCCGUACAAACUGAAGCUUAUAAUGCCAUCAAGAGAGCGUCCUUAUUGGAGUGUAAGAUCGUUUCUCAAGUUAUUACUGCCAGAACUAUUACUAGUGACCACCUUGGAAAUUAUCUCAAUCAAUCGAAGAUACAUACUCAAAAGGAUGCAAGAUCAGUUGCUGCUUUCUGUGCCACCACUAAUAAUGCCUUUACAAACUGUUAUGUUAGUGCAACCAUUCAAAAACAAUCUUCAAAAGAAGUUAUCAAUUCAUUAGGUGCAUCAAUGGGUAAUGCAUUAAAGGCUUAUCAUCAUAUUAAUAGUCGUUUACCAGAGGUUGUUGUUGUCUAUAGAGAUGGUAUUUCCGAUGGUAUGAUUGAUCAAGUUAAUAAAUACGAAGUUCAAGCAAUUAGAGAAUCAUUCUCAAUGUUACCAUCAUCAAUGGGUGCAAAACCAAAACUUAUUUACAUUAUCGUUAAAAAGAAUACUCAUAUUCGUUUCUUUGAUUUAGGUGGUAAUUACAGUAAUCCAACUCAAGGUGUUGUUGUUAGUCAAGGCGUAACUAGAGAUCAUUGGUAUGACUUUUUCUUAAUCUCUCAAAAAACAACUAAAGGUACAGCAAAUCCAACACAUUAUCAUGUUAUUCAAGAUGAAACAAAUAUUCAAGCAGAAUCUUUACAACAAUUAACCUAUAAUCUUUGUUAUCUCUACUUUAAUUUCGAUCAAAGUGUAUCGGUUCCAAGCGUUUGUCAAUUCGCUCAUAAAUCUGCAUUAUUAAUAGGUAAAUCCUGUAAUGCAAAUACUCCUGAAGAAUUAAGUAAUCGUUUAUUCUUUUUAUAA